UCCAGGGGUGUUUAACGGCGGAUGACGAUCGCACCUCACCACCAGACAAAAUCCGGAAUAAAUCGGCGGGUAAACGAGCCGCCGAUAAGUUCUGAGCUGUCGGUACCAAUUCGACUAUGAUACCUGCGCGGCCAUCGAGACUGCUCUGAUAGCUAGGCUAGGCAUGAUAGGCCCGGAUCGAUGUAAACAAAAUGUUGCUUGUAUGGCCACGUGGAAUGAUCAGCAGUUUCUCUCGAUCUGAUUCUUACAGACGUUUUAAUUGGAUUGACUGGAGUAAUUCUCAAGAUAAGCCCGGCCCAGGAUGUAGAGUAUGGUAGUUCAACUGAUGAUGUCACACCAAGAGCAGUACACUCACACAUGAGAUGAAUUGGAAGAAUAUUGUUCCUUUAUUACUAGGACUGCUCACUGGAGUACUUUCAGCCAUCAGUCUGUUGCAGUACCAGGCAUUGGUCAUGCCAAGCAUCGCACCCGAUCCCGAAUACUCAUUGGGAGGGACCACCUUCUACUUUGUAUCGCUCCUCAAGAGGAGAGACUCGGAGAAGACGAAGCAGAAAGAUGAUGGCAGAAUCAAUGAUGACAGAAUAGAAAAGUGGCUCAGUCAUGAAGGAAAUGAGAAUAUGGGUAGGACAAAGCGUGAGAGUGCGGAGGGUGGGGAAAACAAGAAGGAAGCGACGGAACUCCAUGCAGACUUAAAGGAUAUAGGCUCAGGAAAUGCUUUUGAUACUUCCCUCGAUGCUCAACCUUCCAAGGACAAGACAAAGAUCCUCUGCAUGGUUGCACUUGCAGGACUGGACGUUGCAAGCUAUGCCACGUACAGCACAACCCUACAGGAUACAUGGGGGAAACACUGUAGCAAGGUUCUGUUUGUUAGCGACAGGUCCAUCAGAGUGCAAGCAAACAUUCUUCGGACAGACCUUAAACCUGGGGAAUCUCACUCUUGGUCAAGGACUAAGAUCCUGCUGAAGGAGGCCUAUAGUUUUGUAGAAGAGUUUGAUUGGUUUGUCAAAGUGCCAUAUGAUGGAUUUGUGGUCUUAGAGAACCUUAGACAUCUCGUACAGCUACAUCAAACUAACAUCCUGGGUUACAUCGGCCAAGUUUUCGAGGGACCCGGUACAGACGGCUCUGUCUUUGUCCUGAGCCGCUAUGCAAUGGAACUAAUAGUGCCUACCCUAAUCACCUGCACCCCUAAAUUCCUGCAAGGUUUUGAUGAUGGUGAGGUGUUGGAAUCCUGCUUCAGGAACACUGAUGUGAUCUCCUUGACAGAUGGACGUGACCAAUCUGGUAUUUUCAGAUUCCAGAUGAAGGUCCCUGAAUUGGAACUACCUCAUCUUGCUACCAGCCGUAUGCAGUGGAACUUGAAAUACAUUGAACACCCAGAAAGACAGGAUGAGAGUUGUUGUGAGGAGUAUCCAGUCACUUUCCAUGCUGUUGAUUUUAAAGAGAUGUACACGUUGGAAUAUGCGAUUUAUCAUCUCCGACCCUUUGGCAUAGGCAACUAUAUGUGCCCCUCUACCGGUGGACUGAGGUGAUCGCUGCAACCUUUGACCUUUCAUGACCAGAACAAUAGAACUUGGGGGCUGCAGGUUAGUGGAUAUGUGCUGACAGAGUAUGACGAGGGCCAGGAUUUGAUUGCUAUAGGAAAAUAUGUGAGUUUUCACACAGGUGUAAUAAGGUAUGAUACAAACUGUGAGCCUCUCUACGGGAUCACUAAUCUGAUGAUAAAGCGGUCUGUAGUGGAAUAUUUUUUCAUAGUGUGUUUAUUUAAAUGCAGAAUAUUUUUGUUGAGAAAAUUAUUUUUAAUACCACACCUUUUUGCCUGGGAGGCAUUUUGUGUAAAUACUUUCAUGUCGAGCAAAGUCUGUUCUGUUUAAAAUCUGUUAGUUUCAUGUACAGUGUACCUCAGUAAGACUAUAGAGUCAGACACUUGUGUUGGCAAACUUGUCAGACUGCAAAUGUUAAACUCUCCUGUUGAGGUGCUCAAAGUAUAAUUGAACUCUUACCACUCAUGUCUACAACUCUCCAAUGGUCACAUUGAAAGCAAUAAGGGUGGAGAAUGAACAGUUUUCCACACAUGUCGCGGAUAAAUUGUUGCCACAUUUGGUGAUUAAUAUCUCAUUUUAAGCUAGAACUAUAGGCCAAAUAUAUUAAAUUAGUAAAAUUAAACCUUGUUAAUGAAUUAGUGUAAUUAAUAUGCAUACAAUAACAGAUAAUUUGUUUCUGUUAUGGAUUCAAGUAUUGAUGUUACAAGAUUGAAAAUGCUAAAUACUAGAGUGAUCCAAUGAACAUGUAGCUUGAACUUAUGACACCAUUUUUUGUGGAGCAGGUCCAAUUUUGGAGAAAAAAAACUCAUUCGAGAAAUCAUAUUUACAUGGAUGUCAA